GCUGUUGAAAAAAAAAUCUCCUCCGUUUUCGCUGCCUCCUCCUCCCCUCCCCGCUACUCCCCCGUUCCCUUGACUCAUCAAGUCGACAAAGCGACAAGCCAUCCUGGUGCGACUCUCUCUCGAUCGCCGUAUAAGAUCAUUCGGACGAGCCCUCUGCACACCGAACUGUCAUUCGUCAUCUUCGACCUUGUCAUCACCGUCUCGUCUUCACCACCGACCACCAACCACCCCUCACCACCCCUCACAAUGGCCAACGACUCUUCCAACGGCGGCGAGGCCAAGUCCUCCUUCGCCGUCAAGGCCGGCCUCGCCCAGAUGCUCAAGGGCGGCGUCAUCAUGGACGUGACGACGGCUGAGCAGGCCCGCAUUGCCGAGGAGGCGGGCGCUUGUGCCGUCAUGGCCCUGGAGCGCGUCCCUGCCGACAUCCGCAAGGACGGCGGCGUCGCCCGCAUGUCAGAUCCCUCGGUCAUCAAAGAGAUCCAGGCUGCCGUCACCAUCCCCGUCAUGGCCAAGGCCCGCAUCGGCCACUUUGUCGAAUGCCAGAUCCUCGAGGCCCUCGGCGUCGACUACAUCGAUGAGAGCGAGGUGCUGACGCCCGCCGACGACGAAAGCCACGUCGAGAAGAGCGACUUCAAGGCCCCCUUCGUCUGCGGCUGCCGCAACCUCGGUGAGGCGCUGCGCCGCAUCGCCGAGGGCGCCGCCAUGAUCCGCACAAAGGGUGAGGCCGGCACCGGCGACGUGGUCGAGGCCGUCCGCCACAUGAAGACGGUCAACAAGCAGAUUGCCCAGGCCAAGGCAGCCCUGGCCGAGGGCGGCAUCAUCCGCAUCCGCGAGCUCGCCCGCCAGCUCGAGGUGGACGCCGACCUGCUGCGCCAGACAGCCGAGCUGGGCCGCCUGCCCGUCGUCAACUUUGCCGCCGGCGGUGUCGCCACCCCGGCCGACGCUGCACUCAUGAUGCAGCUCGGCUGCGACGGCGUCUUCGUCGGCAGCGGCAUUUUCAAGUCGGGCGACCCGGCCAAGCGCGCCAAGGCCAUUGUUCAGGCCACCACCCACUUCAAGGACCCCAAGGUGCUGGCCGAGUGCAGCACUGGCCUCGGUGAGGCCAUGGUUGGCAUUAACUGCGACACCAUGAAGCCCGAGGAGAAGCUCGCCGGCCGAGGCUGGUGAUUUCUGCCGUCAUCGUCAUUGUUGCGAGAAGAAACCGGUGGACCGAGGUGAGGGAUCGCUGAUAUGGGUGCGCAUCGUCGAGACUAUCCGCGCCCGCCCUCACCAUGCACAAACAUGGAGUGGCAUAUUGCAGCCACCCCCCUUAAAUCAUUUGUCGGAAGCUGGCGUUUGCUGUUUAUGGCAUGUCGAUGGGGGUCGUGUAAAAUUUGAGAGAGGGCCAUUCAACAUAUAAUACCAACAAAGGCCGCGGUUGGCGGUAAGAGGCAGUGGACAAGACGGAGAGCGGGACUCGUCGGGGCCCUGCGGCACCUCUCGGCCAGGCCCCGAGGCCAUAGGUUUGGUAGCAUCGCAAUGAGAAACGAGUAAAAC